UUUGUGGCUCUAUUCGCUAUUGCCUUGGCAGCUCCUGCUCCCGAUCAUGACGAACAUGCUGAGAUUCUAAAAUUGGAUGCUGAAUAUAAGGAAGAUAGUUAUGCCUUUGUAGCUGAGACCAGUGAUGGCUUUUCACGCCACGAAGAAGGCAAACUAAAGGAUUUCCCUGGCAAUGAACAUGACCACGAACCUCACAAGGCCAUUGUUGUCCGUGGCACCUAUUCCUAUAAGGAUCCCCAUGAUGGCAAAGUUUACACUGUAAACUAUGUAGCUGAUGAAAAGGGUUUCCAACCUGUUGGCGAGCACAUUCCAAUAUUCUAA